AUGUAUGAAAAACGUAUCAAUAUGGAGGAAGAGAAAAAGUUUUGGAAAGAACAUUUAAAUGGUUUCUCCUAUCAUUAUCUCCAAUUGCCUUAUGAUCAUUUUUCCGACAUAAACAAUAUCCGAUCAGGUCGAGGAAUUACAAAAACUUUUGAAGUUCCAAUGAAUAUCGUUAAGGAAAUAGUAAAUUAUCUGAGUGAAUCUGGGAUAACUCUUUAUCAGCUUGGUCUUACUAUUUUCUAUACGUUCCUAUUUAAACUCACUCAACAAACAGAUUUAUGCAUUUUAACUUUAUCAGCCAAUCGACAACGAUCUGAACUUGAAAAUCUCGUUGGUAUUUUUGUAAAUACCUUACCAAGUAGAUUAAUUGUUGAACCACAAAUAACGCUCCUACGUCUGGUUGAACAUGUGAAGCAAUUGGCAUUUACUACAUUGUCUUACUCUCAUUUGCCUUAUCAAGAUAUUAUAUCCGAUGCCAUCAAAAACAAUGUUCUUCAAACAUUAUUUCUUGUUGAAACUCAUCAUGAUGAUAAAGUUAAAGUUGAUUCUGAUACUUUUCUUUGUCCAUUAAGAUUAGCAAACACUGAUGUUGAAAAUGUUGCAAAAUUUGACAUAACAUGUACUAUGAUUUAUAAUGUUUCAACACGUACGAUUAAAUUUGCAUUAUGUGCGUCUAGUGAUCUGUUUGAAUGUGAUUCAAUUCAAUUAAUAACUGAUCGUUUUCAUUUAUUGAUAAAUCAAAUCUUUUCUUCAUUUUGGUCACGCCCCAUCUGUGAACUUUCUGUUUUGUUAUCACAUGAAAUGGAUUUACUUAAACAAUUCAAUAUAAGUUCAAAAUUACUUUGUCCUUCAAAUGUUUUCUCAAUAACGGAACAAUUUACACGUCGAACUGAAGAAAAUCAUCAAAAAUUAGCAAUUAUUCUUGAUGAUCAAUGUUUGACAUAUGCUGAACUAUUUUAUUUCUCCCAAAUGAUCGCACAUCAUCUCAUCCAUCAAUAUCAAGUACAAUCGGGUGAUGUAAUCGCUCAAUGUAUUGAUCGAUCAAUCGAAAUGAUCAUCGGUAUAUUAUCAAUUUUAAUGUGUGGUGGUUCAUAUUGUCCUGUUUCACCAGAUCAAUCAUCAACACGAAUUUGUUCAUUAAUUAAUCAAGUGAAAUCCAAAUAUGUUUUAACUCAUCAUCGAACAACUCAUUUGAUCAAAUCCAAUGAAAUUAAUAUCGAAAAUAUUCUUUCAUUAUCGAUGAGUCUCGUUCCAAAUGUAAUCAAAUCAGACUGUUUAGAAAACAUCGUUUAUAUUGUUUUUACAAGUGGUUCAACAGGAGAACCAAAAGCAAUUCCAAUAAAUCAACGAAAUUUUCAUUUAUAUAUAGAAUCAUUUCAACAAUUAUCCAUAAUGACACAUAAUGAUACAAUACUUCAAAUAACUCCUUCAACAUUUGAUAUUCAUAUGCAAGAUAUUCUUGGUUCAUUGUGGAUUGGUGCAACACUUUGUUUAUUAAAACCAAAAGGAAAUCUUGAUAUGAAUUAUUUGACAUUAAUUUUUCAAAAACAUCAAAUAACCGCAUUAAGUACAGUACCAACGGUUAUUUCUGCUCUUACUCAAUAUUUAAAUGAUUUUGUUAAAAAUCAAUCGAUAUUAAUUAGUGUUCGAUGUUUAUGUUCUUCAGGGGAAAUUCUUUCACCACAAACCGCUUCAUUGAUUUCGAAAUUUCUCAAUAAAACAUGUCAUUUGUAUAAUUUAUAUGGUCCAGCUGAAUGCACUUUGAAUUGUACAUUUCAUCGUGUUACACCAGUUGAUCUGGAAAGUAAAACUAUUCCAAUUGGUUGUCCAUUUCCUGGUUAUAAAUGUUAUAUACUUGAUAAUUAUUUUCAACCAAUUGUAUUUGAUCAUCAAGUAGGUGAAUUAUUCGUUGGAGGUCACGGAGUAUUUCAAGGUUAUUUCAAUCGAUUUGAUUUAACUGAAAAAGUUCUUGUUCGUUUAUUUAAUCAUGAAGAUUUCUUUUAUCGAACAGGUGAUUUAGUUCGUAUUGAUUCGAAAUCUCAAACUUUACAUUAUAUUGGUCGAAAUGAUUUUCAAAUUAAAUUACGAGGACAACGAAUUGAACUUGGUGAAAUUGAAUCAAUUCUCAUGAAAUCUUCAUCAACAAUUACAAAUUGUAUUGUUAUUAAAUCUCUUCAUAAUAAUGAUGAACAUCUUGUUACUUAUAUCCAAUCGAAAAUACAUUUAAAUCUCGAUCAACUACGUGAUGAAUGUCUCAAAUAUUUACCUUUAUUUAUGGUUCCAUCAUUAUUUAUUCGCUUAGAUCAAUUUCCAUUGAAUUCCAAUGGAAAAUUAGAUCGUAAAGCUUUACCUAAACCAGAUUUUUCCCUUCUUUCAAAAUCUUCCAAUGCUAUUCUUGAUAAAUCACCUCGUAGUGAUCUGGAACAACAAUUAUCAUUAAUUUGGUGCAAAAUUCUUCAUUUAGAAUCGAUUCCGUCGGUGAAUGUGAGUUUCUUUCGAUUAGGUGGUCAUUCUCUUCUUCUUAUGCGACUUCAUCACCUGUAUCAAACACAAUUUCAUCAAAUGAUUAACAUCAACGAUUUAUUUUCUCAAACCACAAUUGCAAAACACGUUCAUCUCUUACAAAAUCAAUGCUUAACUAUCGAAUCAAUUUGGUUUCCUUUGAAUAUCAAACAAGGUCCUGCAUCAUUUUCUCAAAUGAGUGUUUGGUUAGCUGAACGAACUCGUCUUUUCGAUGAUGAUAAACUUUUACCAACUUAUAAUUUGAGUAAAAUCUUUCGAAUCGAUUCUGGUCAUUUAUUACUUGAUCGAUUAAUUCAUUCAAUCAAUUUAAUUGUUAUGAAACAUUGGAUCUUUCGUACAAAAUUGAAAUUUGAUGUCACAAAUAAUCUUUUAUGUCAAAUCAUUGAUGAUCAAAUCAAUUAUCCUCUUCGUGUUACUACUAUUGAUAAUGAAGAAGAAGAAAAAAUAUUGUUACAUGAAGAAAUGUGGAGACCAUUUGAUACUGAACAUGAAAGUGCAUUUCGAUGUCAUUUCAUUCGGUAUAAUGAAACAAAUGAAUUAUCCAAAAAUGAUUUUAUUUUAUUUAUUUUUCAUCAUGGUUCAUUUGAUGGACGAGCAAUUGAUUUGUUUCUUGGUGAACUUCUUUUAUCUUAUCAAGGUUUCGAUUUACAAACACCUUCCCUUCAAUAUAUUGAUUAUUCGAUUUAUGAAAGAAAAUUACCAAUGAUUGAAGCACGUACUUUUUGGAACGAUUUAUUAACAGAUUAUCCUUAUCAUCAAAAAUUAAAUUUACGUCAGAGAAAAAACAUUUCUUUCACCCAUCGCAAUGGUCGAGGAGAACAAAUGACUUUUCCGAUAGAAAAUUCCGUUGCUCAUGCAAUGAUUUCAUAUGCAAAUCAAUCAAAUGUAACUUUAUUUCAAAUAGGUUUAACAUGUUUUUAUCUUUUUCUUGCUCAAAUUUCAUUUGAGAAUUGCGAUUCAUGUAUUGGUGUUAUUNAUCAAAAAUUAAAUUUACGUCAGAGAAAAAACAUUUCUUUCACCCAUCGCAAUGGUCGAGGAGAACAAAUGACUUUUCCGAUAGAAAAUUCCGUUGCUCAUGCAAUGAUUUCAUAUGCAAAUCAAUCAAAUGUAACUUUAUUUCAAAUAGGUUUAACAUGUUUUUAUCUUUUUCUUGCUCAAAUUUCAUUUGAGAAUUGCGAUUCAUGUAUUGGUGUUAUUCAUAUGAAUCGAUAUCGAUCCGAACUAGUUUCAAUGAUUGGAAUGUUUGCGAAUAUUCUUCCAUGUCGAAUUCAAUUGACUAAUCUCGAUGAAAUUUCAUUUUCCGAACUUAUUCAUCAAGUUCAACAAAUUUUUCUUCAAACUGUUCAAUAUUCUCAUUUACCUUAUGACCAAUUAAUCAAUUUACAUAGAAAACCAACUGUUUAUCAACAAUUUCCGUAUUUACAAACACUUUUUGCUGUCAAUACAACAGUCAUCGAUUACACAAAUAUGGAAAAAAUGAAAUUUGAUGAAACAUGUUCUUUAUCAACAUAUGAAACAAAAGAUGAAGAUCAUCAAAUGGGUUUUAUGUUUGAUUUAGAUCUUUCAUUUCUUUAUGAUAAAAACAAUUCAACUAUAAAUUGUGUUUGGGCGUAUAUGUUUGAAGUAUUUGAUAGAGAAACUGUUGAAGAACAUGCGAACAAUUUUAAUCAAUUAUUAUUUCAACUAUUUGGAUCAUUCAAUCAGCAACAAUUACAAAAGCCAUUAGGAAAAAUAAUCGAAUUCAAUAAAAGUCUAUUCGAAGAAAACAAUCUAAAUCAGAUUACAAUUGAUAUAACUAAUAAUUCGACUAAUCAACAAAAUUUAUCGUUUGUGAAAACUAUUCGAGAUGUGUUUUCACGUAUUCUUAAAUGUUUAAUUGAUGACAAUGAUUUAAAUAAAUCAUUUUUUCAAUUGGGCGGAACAUCUCUUAUGGCUUUACAAACAAUCACUCUUUUACAAAAAGAAAUUUCAGCUCGAAUUACUAAUUCUUUCUUUUUCAAUCAUUUAUCAAUUAUCGAACUUGCCCAAGCAAUUGAAAACGAUCAUUCACUUUUCUUUAAUCAUAAUUUUUAG